UUUUAAAUAAAAAGGGUUCUCUAAUGAGAGCCCUACUCUGAAUAGGUUAAGAAGGUGUGUGUAAUCGCUGCAUUCAUGGUAGAAAUAGGCUAGUCACACUCCCUUCCGAGUCCCGGUCUCUGAGCUGUGCAGAAAAGGACUCUAGACUGACACCUGCCUGCGGCAAAUCAGCCCCACCAAAGAAACAACGCCAAGGUGGUCAGAGAAACACGGGGUCGGAGGGGCACCAGCUCCAAACCUAGGUGUGGAGAAUUAGAAAUAACUCCCCCUGUAAAGAUCCACUUCUGGCUUUCUAUUGCUGAAUUCUGAAAUGUUCUCCCAUCUGUGGCUGUCUGUUAUGAUGCCGUAGAUGAACGUUCCUCUUCGUGGCCCUGUCUGGACCUCAGAUACCUCUACAGUGACCCCCGCAUCACUUGUGACAUCAUGACGAGGUCACAAUAGAGCCGGGGGGUCGACAUCCCGAAGGUUUCUGUGGUCACAUGCUUUCCUGCAGAGGAAGGCAGUCCCCUAUCGGACACAAACAUAACAGGCUGUGGUGCAGGACCAAGACGGGCUCGGUGUCUUCAACAGGACGGAGGAUGAAGACUAAGGGGGGUUCAACCCUACGUGCCGGGUCAUGGCCAGCAGGUGCUAUUCAAGCAAAGGACUUCAAGAAAUAGUCGUUUCCUGUCGUCCUAGCCACAUCCCAGAAUUCCCCCUGACAGGCUGGAUUUGAAUGGACUGGCGUGCAGGAGCUGAGGACGACGCCACCUCAAAUAGAAGCAUCCACAGCAGCCUCAAGGCAGGUCUCUGACCCUCAAGUGCAGUGGAAAUACGAAAGCCAACACAGCGCAAGGACUGGGACAGAAUCAGGAAUUACCAGGCGGAAGAGAAGGACCAGCGAUAGGGGCAGGAAGAUCCAAGAAAGGAUCCGAUGCAAAAGGCUGACUGAUGAGUCUCAGGAUACAAAUAAUUCAAUCAAAGGAGUGGACCAGAAGCAGAUACCAGGGGCCGCCGGAGAGCGGAAGAGGCGGAGACUGUGGUUUCAGAGGGUGACGCCGAGGAGUGGGUGUCCACGGGAAGCUCGUGACCCUCCCCGAAGGGGAAGGUGCCUGCCAGCCGGCAUCAGUAUGGACAUAGUGACGAUCGCCCACAUCUUCCAGUGGAGAGACAAUACAGGUCUGACUCAGGGGACACGAAUGGCCUCCCCAUGACUUGGAGACUCAAGAUACUUCCCAGACCCAAGGAGAAGAAUCAGAAGACCAACCACAGUAAUAGCCCUCAGUCCCCCAGCUGCCCUCACCCAUCACUCAUCUCUGAAGGAUACCCAAGGCUAAGCUGGGUCUUACUUCUUGUGAUGCCCCGUAGGAGGAAGAAAACCAAGAUGCAUGAAUCAGACCCACAGCUAAAUGAAAGAUUUGAACUAGGAAGGCCCCUUGGUAUCUUCAGUUACUUUUACGGAUGCUGGAAAGUCCUGCAAGAAGGAAGGGGCUUGAGCACAUUCAGAAACAUGCAGAGUGUGUACCAUGAGUCACUGCCCUUGGAGAUAAGAAAAGUCAAGUUGUCCUUGGAGAGCAUCUACUCUGCGGUCCGGAGGAAGAUGGUCAAGACCUUGGCUUCCUGUGAGGAGGUGUGUGGAACAAAAGACAAAAAAAUGGUUCAUUGCUGGAAAGAGGAGAGGCAUGUGCUCCUCUCACACAGCACGGUGAGGUUUGGACCGAGGACCCUAGUGGGAGCCCGGAGGUCAAGUUCCCUUCCAGGUCUGGAGGCGGGGAGCCAGAUGGACAAUUGGGAAGGGCAUAGGUGGGAAAAGCUUCAGAAAGCAGGCGGACCGGCUCCAGGUGAGCUGAGAGGGAUAAGGCGAUGAGUUCAAGGUGGCGGGAAAGAAGGCAGGGCCAUGCCUUCACCCCAGCCCCUCAUUUCUUCUCUAAAAGACACAUGUAACUGAGCUAUUCUGUUGUUCUCUUUUUGUAGAGAUGAGUUUCUAGGAUCAGCUCACAUCAGGAGGGUAAGUGAGAUAUCUUCCAUAAUGUCAAAGUCAAACUCUGUGAACCUUUAUGUAUAACAAUGGUUUUCAACCCUGGGGGCAAUCAGCAAUCUCUAGAAACAUUUUUAGUUGCCACAGCUUGAGGCAGGGGAGCUGGGCCACUAGCUAGCAAGCAGAGGCCAAGGAUGUUGCUAAUCAUCCUACAAUGCACAGGACACCGCCCUGCAGCAAAGAAUUAUCCUGCCCCAGGUGUCAGUAGUGCCAAGACUGAGCAAUGCUGAUGUACGCUCUUCUUAAUUUUCUUCUUAAUCUUCUAGAUUAUUUUUUUUUAAUUUUUAGUUUUUUGGGUUUUUUUUUUAGCCACAGUUAGCAUUAGCAUAGUUCAGUUUUCUCCAACUUCAGCGAGAUCACCUGGAGGACUAAUUAUAACACAGAUCACCAGGCCCUGCCCUCCCAGAUUCCCAUUCAGCAGAUCUGGGGUACAGCCCGAGAUUUCACAUCUCUAACGAAGUCCUGGGUGAUGCUGCCUUUCUGAGGACCACACCUUGAGAACCCCCACUGUAGUUUUACUGGGAGAGGUCUAAGUACCGAGUUAAAUAAGGGGCUCUCGGACCCCCCUGAGUCCAGCAUGCCAUGAUCCCAGCAGGGGACAGAGGCUGGGCAGUUUUUUUUGCUCAACCUCAGAGAGAAUGAGGGACCGUGUGUGUGUGUGUGUGUGUGUGUGUGUGUGCGCACGCGCGUGCGCAUGUGUGUGUCUGCAAUACACACACCUUGCUUACCCUGGAAUAGUAAAUGUGCCACUGGAAGCAAGUGUACAUCUUUUGUGGUCUGGUUUUAC